GGAACUUGGUUGUAGCGGUUUUUUGUCCAUGGCGAUACUAGGCCUUGCAGCAAUGCCUCUUCUCUGCUUGCUUCGACGUGCAGUUGUCGAAAAGGGGAAGCGCUGGCUUUCGUUUUGCAGCUUCAGGUUUGCUGAGCCGUGCACCCCUUUUCUUUCCCCUUUAGGAAGGUGGCCUGGGAGCCUGUUUUGUAAGGGUUCUGGGGCUAUCCCAGGCCACCUCCAAACUAGUGGUGCCCUUCUCCUUUCCUUCUCCGCUGACCCGCUGCCAGCCUGGGAAGUGGAGAUGCCAGCCUGCGCAGGAUUCCAGCUGAGUGGAAGCCAGUUAUGUCCCAAUUCCACAAAGAUUUGGAUUCUUGUUCGCACCUAUCAGCCUCACUACAGACCUGGCAGACUUGCCUAGAAGUGGCCCUUGUAAUCUAAGGUGGCCGCGCACCAGUGAUCUUUGUGACCGGUUUGGUUGCAAAAGAAAUUCGAAUGCUUUUGAGCAAAUUCGUACACUUUCAUCCGUUCGGACUGAUCUAAGCGGGUGUGUUGGGAAAACCGGGGCGCAACUCGAGCGCAAUUUUGCGCAACCCGUGCGCAAAUUCGCGCAACAUUCCGCAACUUCAAAAAGUAUACCACUCCGUCCCCAAAGUUCGUACACUUUCUCCCAAACCCGUCCAAAAAUCAAAUUCGGAACGUUCAAAGUACAUGUAUACAGGGGUCCGCAGCCUUUUGGUGGUACCAGUUCCAAGCUCAGCUAGCUUUGCAAAACAUGUCGUCAGGAUCCGACCCUAAACUCGGAUCUUGCAGCACUCUGGUCUAUGGAUCAGAGAUGCUGGGGCGGAACACGCAGGGACCUUCGGAGGGGAACUUGGGGAUUGACGACAUGAUAAAGGCUCAAGAGGAGAGGCUCGCAACAUUGCGAGCUCAACUACGAGAGUGCGGUGGUGAUGAGGGAGAUGUUGGUGUGGUGCCAGUCGUUGAAGGUGCUCCGAUCAUUGCGCACAGCACAGGUCAUUAUCCAGCAGGAGUACCUCCAACCCCUCGAACCUGCCCUCGUGAGCCAGAGCCAAACCAAUCAGGCUCUGUCAAGCGGAAUCUGGCCCAAGCAUUUGUUGAUGAGUCUGUUGCCACAACUCAUCCCAACCCCCCCGGAGACUGUCAAGAGUUCCAGGAAAAGCAUGGGCCAUGAUGCCCAAGACCCGAAUUCCUUUUUGAAUGCACCUUUGACCCCAAGGUACACACCAGCAAAGUCUGUGGAUGGAGCCCCAUCCGAACGUCCUUCCCCAAAGCCCAGCCAGACCUCCCAAACACCGUCCCAGCAAAAGUCAAACGAGAAGGACGCGCUGUAUUGGAAGUUGCGAAGGCAAUGUGUGAUCAAGGCGUCUUCUUGUUCAGCCGAAGCUCUAAAACUUUAUAAAACCAAGGAUGGUCGAUCAAAGCUGCGAGAACUCAUGCUGCAGAACGGCUGUGACUUCUCGCUGGUCGAGGUUCAGUUGCAGCGUUGGUCGCAGUCGACUAUGGGACAGAAGCGGAGUGGCCAGUGGGUUACCAAGCACUGCUUGUUAACCACCCACAACUGGACGAAGAAGAUGGUGGAGCAUGCGUGGGAGUUUGCGGCACGAAACCAACUGCUUCGAGUCAACGAAGUACAUGGUGAGGAAGAAGCCAAACUAGUGAUCGAAGAUGCCUUUUCUUUCGAUCGCAGUGAGAAUGAACGCACGGUGCAAACUAUGAACAUGUCAAUUGAAGAUCCGGAUGGCUCUUACUUGCGAGAUGCUCCCUGCUCAAGCGGCUCCCGCCUCGACAUCUUGAAGCACUUCGACGAGGAUGGAGGCCAAAGUCCUGAGGACAAGGCUGCGGUCAGCUCUGGAUCUUUCAGGAUGUGUUUCCCCACCAUCACCGAGAACGUCAGUGCUGUGGCCAUACUACCAAAAUUUUUGGAAGUCUGUGGUCGCAAACUGGAUAGUGCUGCCCCUGUUCUGGAGAGGUUGGACGGCCUGAAAACGCAGCAAGCAAGGGAGUUUUCCAAGCAAAUUCAGAUUCAAGUUAACUAUAUGAAGGAUGUCUACGCCAAGCUCGAGCAUUUGCAGGGUGAAUGCGCGGUAACACGAACGGCACAGUGACAAGCUUAACAAUACUGAGUCACGAGCGUGGUUCUUCCCACCUUCGUUUUCUUUACCCAUGAAUCUACCCAUACUUCAUGAACCAAAGGCUCAUUGCCUCGACUUCUGAGGCCCGAAAUGCAGAAACAAAUUUUGUCCCUAUGCGCAGAUUGUACCAAGACCGAUGUAGCCCUGAACAACUUGGUGGUUAGGUCAAGGACCUUGAAGGCAACUAAGUCUUCAAAGGCAAGUGGCAGUGGGGGGGCGUCCGCAAAAGCGGGCCCAAAGAAGAAGGUGAAAAGCCAAAAGAAGGCUUAGGCGUUGCAAAGCAAGCCAUGCUUUUUGGAGUGUGGGGAAUAGCCACGCUCGAGUCAAAUUCGAGCAGGGGUUUGUUCAUCUACAUGUCAAAGAGCUUGCCACGUGUCACCUCC